ACCCCUGCCCGCGGGAAGCGGGUCUCGGAGGCUCCCUCGCAACAAAACGCUAAAUUCGGUUUCUCUGGUUCCGCAUUUCCCCAGAGAGCUCUCCUCGUAAAACUAUUGCCCGUUAAAGACUGCAGGGCAGAGGUCCAGGGCGCUUUGCUGGGAGCCUCGGGGCCCCGGGCUGGGAGCCGUGGGGCGGCACCUGGCGGGCCAGCGAGCGGGCGGGGGGGGCGGCGAGCGAAGGCUUCCCGGCCUGGCAGCAGCUCGCCCCUCCGCCCUCCGCCCUCCGCCCUCCCGGCUCCGCUCCCCUCCCCCACGCCGCCCUGCCCCUCCCCCACGCCCCUUUCUCUUUCUUUCUUUCCCAGUUCGCUUGCCCCCACCCCAGCGGCGCCCGCCGGGCUCCUCGCCCAAUGGCCGCUGGGCCGGGGAAUGCAUCAGCUGAUCGGCCCGGGCUCCCGGCCGCUUGGAGCCAAUCAGGGCACCGGGGGCGGCCCCGGGCCGCGGAUAAAGGGUGCGGGGCCGCGAGCGGCCCUGCAGAGUCGAGAGUGGGAGAAGAGCGGAGCGUGUGAGUAGCACUACGGCCUCCUCUCCUCUCCUAACCUCGCUCUCGCGGCCUGCCUUUACCCGCCCGCCUGCUCGGCGCCCAGAACACCUUCCACCAUGACCACCUCAGCAAGUUCCCACUUAAAUAAAGGCAUCAAGCAGGUGUACAUGUCCCUGCCUCAGGGUGAGAAAGUCCAGGCCAUGUAUAUCUGGAUCGAUGGUACUGGAGAAGGACUGCGCUGCAAGACCCGGACCCUGGACAGUGAGCCCAAGUGUGUGGAAGAGUUGCCUGAGUGGAAUUUCGAUGGCUCUAGUACUUUACAGUCUGAAGGUUCCAACAGUGACAUGUAUCUCGUGCCUGCUGCCAUGUUUCGGGACCCCUUCCGCAAGGACCCUAACAAGCUGGUGUUGUGUGAAGUUUUCAAGUACAAUCGAAGGCCUUCAGAGACCAAUUUGAGGCACACCUGUAAACGGAUAAUGGACAUGGUGAGCAACCAGCACCCCUGGUUUGGCAUGGAGCAGGAAUAUACCCUCAUGGGGACAGAUGGGCACCCCUUUGGUUGGCCUUCCAACGGCUUCCCGGGGCCCCAGGGUCCAUAUUACUGUGGUGUGGGAGCAGACAGAGCCUAUGGCAGGGACAUCGUGGAGGCCCAUUACCGGGCCUGCUUGUAUGCUGGAGUCAAGAUUGCGGGGACUAAUGCCGAGGUCAUGCCUGCCCAGUGGGAAUUUCAAAUUGGACCUUGUGAAGGAAUCAGCAUGGGAGAUCAUCUCUGGGUGGCCCGUUUCAUCUUGCAUCGUGUGUGUGAAGACUUUGGAGUGAUAGCAACCUUUGAUCCUAAGCCCAUUCCUGGGAACUGGAAUGGUGCAGGCUGCCAUACCAACUUCAGCACCAAGGCCAUGCGGGAGGAGAAUGGUCUGAAGUACAUCGAGGAGGCCAUUGAGAAACUAAGCAAGCGGCACCAGUACCACAUCCGUGCCUAUGAUCCCAAGGGAGGCCUGGACAAUGCCCGACGCCUAACUGGAUUCAAUGAAACUUCCAACAUCAACGACUUUUCUGCUGGUGUAGCCAAUCGUAGCGCCAGCAUACGCAUUCCCCGGACUGUUGGCCAGGAGAAGAAGGGUUACUUUGAAGACCGUCGCCCCUCUGCCAACUGUGACCCCUUUUCGGUGACAGAAGCCCUCAUCCGCACGUGUCUUCUCAAUGAAACCGGCGAUGAGCCCUUCCAGUACAAAAACUAAGUGGACUAGACCUGUAGCUGUCAAGCCCCUCCUAGUUCUUCAUCCCACUCCAACUCUUCCCCCUCUCCCAGUUGUCCCAAUUGUAACUCAAAGGGUGGAAUAUUAAGGUCGUUUUUUUCUUUCCUUGUGCCCAGUUAAUCUUGCUUUCUUUGGCUGGGAUAGAGAUGGGUCAAGUUAUUAAUUUCUUCACACCUACCCUCCUUUUUUUCCCUAUCACUGAAGCUUUUUAGUGCAUUAGUGGGGAAGAGGGUGGGGAAACAUAACCACUGCUUCCAUUUAAUGGGGUACACCUGUCCAAUAGGCAUAGCUAACCGGACAGAGCACGUCUGCAGGAGGGGGACUUUUCUUCAAGGUAGCUGAAAGGGGAAGACCUGACUUCCUCUGGGUAGGUUAGGACUUGCCCUUGUGGUGGAAACUUUUCUUAAGAAGUUAUAACCAACUUUUCUAUUAAAAAAGUGGGAAUUAGGAGAGAAGGUAGGGGUUGGGAAUCAGAGAGAAUGGCUUUGGUCUCUUGCUUGUGGGACUAGCCUGGCUUGGGACUAAAUGCCCCGCUCUAAACACGAAGCUCAGUAUCAACUGAUGGAUAUCCCUACCUUGAAAGAAGAAAAGGUUCAUGUUGCUUGGUCCUUGAUUUAUCACACAAAGCAGAAUAGUAUUUUUAUAUUUAAAUGUAAAGACAAAAAAUUAUAUGUAUGGUUUUGUGGAUUAUGUGUGUUUUGCUAAAGGAAAAAACCAUCCAGGUCACAGGGCACCAAAUUUGAAACAAAUAGUCCGGAUUAGAAAUCAAGCAUCUUUUGAGUAGGGAGCGAGGGAGGUGAUGCUUAGAAAGAUGAUGAUCUGGGGUUAGGUCCUCAUGACCACUUUUGGGUUUCUGCCCUGCCCACCCUCUGGAGAGGUGGGCACUGGAUUAGUUAACACGUUACUAGCAGUCACUUGAUCUCCGUGGCUUUGGUUUAAAAGACAGACACUUGUCCACAUGGGUUUAGAGAUAAGAGUUGGCUGGUCAACUUGAGCAUGUUACUGACAGAGGGGGGUAUUGGGGUUAUUUUCUGGUAGGAACAGCAUGUCACUAAAGCAGGCCUUUUGAUAUUAAAUUUUUUAAAAAGCAAAAUUAUAGAAGUUUAGAUUUUAAUCAAAUUUAUAGGGUUUCUAGGUAAUUUUUACAGAAUUGCUUGUUUGCUUCAGCUGUCUCCUACCUCGGCUCUUGGAGGAGAUGGGGACAGGGCUGGAGUCAAAACAGUUGUAAUUUUGUAUCCUGAUGUCUUUGUUAAGACUGCUGAGGAAUUAUUUUUUUUCUUUUAUAAUAAGAAAUAAACCCCACCUUUAUUCCUUCAUUUCAUCUACCGUUUUCUGGUUCUUGUGUUGGCUGUGGCAGGCCAGCUAUGGUUUUCUCUUGCCAUGACAACUUCUAAUUGCCAUGUACAGUAUGUUCAAAGUCAAAUAACUCCUCAUUGUAAACAAAAUGUGUAACUGCCCAAAGCAGCACUUAUAAAUCAACCUAACGUGAGA